UUAAACUCCACCCACCCGGCCCCUGGGAAAGCUUAAACUAACAAACUCGAUGUCUGGGCGCUCUUGUCGAGUAUCUCAGACUAUGUCAUGUUAUUUGUAGAUGAUUUAGUGGAACCAGUUGGAUGAUUGUAUGGACUGUAGGCUACAAUGCUGUUUUCUCAGAGAAAAAAACUGAAGGGGACGCUGCUGUAUCUCUUCGUACUCUGCUCAGCCCAGCAUUCAGCCCAACCUGAGACUCGGCAGGUGAAUGGCAUCGUGGGAACGUUUUUCUAUUUUCCAGAAAGGGUGUUGAACUCUGGCAGUUUACUUUAUGGAGACCUUGGCAAUAUUGCACAGGUGCACCCUGGUAAACAAAGUAAUACCAACCUUGAGAAGAGAUUUAAAAACCGCCUUCACUGGAACAAUGUUACUGGAGUCUUCACUUUGUCAGACCUACAAAUAGAUGAUUCUGGGGUUUAUACUGUGGAGAAUACAGAUGAAGGGAAGACAAAACAUACAUUUCAGCUGACUGUGUACUAUGUUCUGUCCAAACCUCAGGUCACGGUCCAUGAUAACAUCUCCUGUAGUGUUGUGUGUUCUGUGGAGAACGGGAGAGAGGUGACCCUGUCCUGGUACAAAGGAGUGGAGAUACUCAACCAGACCAGCAGCCCUGACCACAACAUCACCCUCUCUAUACCUCUCAAGGUGGAUGAACAGAACAGAGACUCUUACAGAUGUGAGGCUACCAACCCAGUCAGCAAGGAGACAGCUGUUGUUCCACAUUCCUGUAUAAAGAGUGAUCCCUUCAAGGUGACAGAUGGUGAUGAGAGGACUCGAGAUUGUCUUAUUAUUGCUAUAAUCUGUGUUUUGGUGGCUUCAGGACUUGUUGGUCUUGCAAUGUAUCUGAAGAAGAGGAGAAACGGACACUCACAUGCAGAUUCACCUGAAAGAGAGCAAGAUGACGUUCAGUAUGCAGAGAUAACUCACAUUAAACCAGCAGAAAACCAGGAGGAGCGAACAGGUAUACAAGGACCGGAGUCACUUAGAGACAACCCUAACGUGACAGUUUAUUAUACACUCCAGUUACAUCACAUGCCUGCCAGCGAGGAUGUUGACACUGCAUGAAGGUUGAGAGAGAACAGGAAGUUAAUGAGAGGGUGACAAGAUAAUUCACAUCCCAGAGAAGGCGUUACAUCCUAAAGAGAACCUUAAGACAAAAUUAUAGUCAAUAUUCAUUUUAGAAAACUUCAUGGAGAAACAGUUGUUCCUGGAGACAAUUCCCAUUUAACCAAUGCGCUGUUGUCAUUUCAGUCAUUUCAGACUUCCUUUGUUGGUCAUUUGGUCUUUUGUUGAAUUGGGGCCUUGAUGAGACUAACUGAUGCAGACAAAUUAAAUAACUAUGCCUAGUGUUAUUAGUAGGAUGAUCCCUCUUUUCAAGUGCCCAUUGUCCCAAUGUAUAGGUUAAAACAAAUGGAACCUCUUUUAAUACAUUUCACUAGUGUGUUUGCUAUGCUACUGCUGUGCCAAAGCUUUUUUUCAGUUCUCUCUGUUCUGUCUCUCUGUUCUGUUGUUUAAAUGUAGGUGCCUCCCCUGUAUCUUUUUAUAGCUGGUCAUUGUUUAGCUUGCCAGUGGAUAGCAGCUGUGUACAUAAAAAGCAGAUGUUUGGUGAUAUAAAGCCACCUACUCCUCAGCACCAGGAUCUCCACUAGAGAUCCUAAUUGGAGUCCAGGCUCUGUCACAGCCGGCCGUGACCAGGAGACCCAUGGUGCACAAUUGGCCCAGUGUUGUCCGGGUUAGGGGAGUGUGACUUGGCUGGGUUGUGUUUCGGAGGACACACGUCCCUUGACCUUUGUCUCUCCCAAGUCCGUACGGGAGUUGCAGUGAUGGGACAAAACUGUAACUAACAAUUGGAUACCGCGAAAAUAGGGGGUACAUUUUCUUUACAAAUAAAAUAGAAUACAAUCACUGACUCCUGCACACUCCUGCAGACAUUCCUUCUAUUGGAGCAUUUUGUGCUCCACCUACAUUAGCCCACAUACUGUAUAUAACUGUGAAAACAUUUCAAAUCUACUGAAACCAUUGUGAGUUUUUGCACUGCAGGUCAUUUCAUUUUUAGACAUUUCUAUUUCAGAGUAGUUAUUGAGACUGAAUAUUUAGAUAUUAUUCACAUUUCACUAUUCUAAAAUACGCUUAUGACUUAUUCAAACUGAUAAAGAUUUGUUUACUGAGCUUUUUUUUUUACAUGAGCUUCAAUAUAUUACGUCAGACUUACCUAAACAUUCCAUUUAAAAGUAUACAAUCUUUGAUAUUUCCUGACGUUACAUAGUCGUCAAUCCCCCAUACAUGCUUGAAAAAUAUACUUACCUCAUCACAACCCACAAUAUGAUUUAAGUUUACUCCAUUGUUUAUAUUUGUGUUGUCAUUUGAAUUUUUGUAAACAAAGAUUGUACAGCUACAACAUACCUGUGAAAAAUGUCAGUCCUUGCAACCACAGCUACGUUCAAGAGUUAGAGAUUGGCAACGUUUCUCCAGAGACACACAACCUCUAGAUUCUGGUUUUAAUGUUUGACCUAGAUAAUUUGUGUGUAUGUAUUGAUAUGUAGGCUUAGUGUGCCUUCUUUUAUUGAUGUAGUUCUGUCCUUGAGCUGUUCUCGUCUAUUCAUGUUCUGUAUUAUGCAUGUUUUGUGUGGACCCCAGGAAGAGAAGCUGCUGCUUUUGAUACCAAAUACCAAAUGUAGCCUACUUUUAGAGUCUAGGGGAGAGCACUGCAAUUGUUUGGUGGUUUUCAAGUGUGUUUCUGUAUUUAUUUAAGUGUAUUUGGGAUGUUUUGUCCUGUUACUUUUAAUGCCAGGUAGUUGUACAUUUAAUUUGACAGUUAUGACUAAUCCUAUUAUAUUUCAAGCAUUGCUAUCAAGGAAACAAUGUGUUUUUCUUUUAAUGUAUUUUCCUCAUCAAGUGGUUGAAUGUUUUUAUCAUUCAGCAUACUGCAGACUGUACUUUACAUACUAUGUUAUUUUGUACUCUGAGCCAGUGUACUGUAUAUUGUAAGUGUAACUUAAAUAAUGUGUCAGCAAAAUCUUCUCAAACCUUUCUAUGCUUUUACAUUUGGACUGUGCUCAUGCAUUAUUGUGCCAAUUUAUAUUGGCACAAUAAACAUGUCUUGUAAA